ACGACAAUGGAAUCACGAAAUGUAACCAACCACUUUUAUUUUAUUAUAAAGAUCAUCUUUAAUUUGUCCCAUUUUUUUUUUUAGUUCACUCUCAUUAUAACUAAAUAAAAAAUGGAUAAAGAGUACGUGAAGUUACUGCUGCUUCUACUUGUCUUGCUUCACCACGUUGAUUCAGCCUCUAUCAUCAGGUCUCUUCCUGGUUUUGAAGGUCCUCUUCCUUUCGAGCUCGAAACCGGGUACAUUGGUGUUGGUGAGGCAGAGGAAGUUCAAUUGUUUUACUACUUCAUCAAGUCUGAGAGGAAUCCAGAAGAAGACCCUCUUCUUCUCUGGUUAAGUGGGGGACCUGGCUGCUCUUCUCUCUCUGGUCUUCUUUAUGAGAAUGGGCCUGUGACUAUCAAGAUGGAUGGUUACAGUGGAGGUAUCCCUUCCUUGGUUUCUACUACAUAUUCAUGGACAAAGAUUGCAAACAUGAUAUAUUUAGACCAGCCUGUUGGAAGUGGAUUCUCCUACUCAAAAACUCCACUUCUUGAUGAUAUACCAAGCGACACAGGAGAAGCUAAGCGUGUCCAUGAGUUUCUUCAAAAGUGGCUAGACAAGCAUCCAGAUUUUGUUUCUAAUCCUUUCUAUGUCGCUGGAAAUUCUUAUUCUGGUAAAGUUGUUCCGGCAAUUGUUCAAGAAAUCUCAAAAGGAAAUUAUAUAUGCUGUAAACCUCAAGUAAAUCUUCAGGGUUAUGUGCUAGGAGAUCCGGUAACAGCAAUUGAUAUUGAUGACAAUUACCAGAUUCCAUUUGCUCAUGGAAUGGCAUUGAUCUCAGAUGAACUCUACGAGGUACGAAAUAUAAGCAUGCUUUUUUUUCUUUCUUUUUUUCUUGCAAUUAAUCGUAAUGAAGUAGCUAAUAAGCAAAAGAAACAGAAAAAGCAUUUAAAAAACGUUUCUAUUUUCGUGCAGUCAUUAAAGAGAAGAUGCAGAAGAAACUACAUAAAUGUGGAUCCUCGUAACGCAGAAUGUUUGAAAUUGAUCAAAGACUUUAAAAAGCUUACUUCUGGAAUAAAUGUAUUACAUAUACUAUUACCACGCUGCGAGGAAUCAUCUCCUAAUUGCUAUAGGUAUAAAUAUACUCUAUCUUCGUACUGGGCCAAUGACGUUAGCGUGCGCGACACGCUUCAAGUCGAAAAGGGGAGCAAAAUAAAAUGGGUACGAUGUAAUCGGAAUAUACGUUACAGGAAAGAUAUUAUAAGCAGUGUACCAUACCAUAAGAAUAACAGUGUCAAUGGUUACUCAUCUUUAAUCUUCAGCGGUGAUCACGAUAUGGUAAUACCUUUCUUUGGAACUGAAGCAUGGAUAAGAUCUCUCAACUAUUCAAUUAUUGACGAUUGGAGACCAUGGAUGAUAAACAAUCAAGUUGCUGGAUACACUAGAACUUACGCAAAUAAGAUGACAUUUGCCACUAUCAAAGGAGGUGGACACACUCUAGACCCUAAACAAAUGGAGAGCUUUAUAAUGUUCCAAAGGUGGAUAAGUGGCCAACGUAUGUAACAAGGGACAGCCUUCUUCGCCUUUCAUGUUGUCUAUUUUAAAUCGCACAUUCUCUAUAUAAAUGGAAACUUUAUCUUCGAAUAACCUGAAUAAAUCCGUUAUCUAUUAACAAUGAAAUCAGAAUUGUCUCUGGAAAUUUGGAACAAUUACAUUUCUU